UCGGUGCACGUCCUUGACUUCCUUCAAGAGGUGAUAGUAGAGGGACGUUUUUGCGGCCGUACCGACCCGAGGUCGAAACAAAGCUGCAUUUUGCAGGACAUUUUGGUGAUUAUGGGGUCUGCUGCAGACGACAAGAAGUAUCUCCCUCCUCCCGGGAUCGUGAACAGGAACUCGGUGUGGCUGGCGGGUAUCGGUUGGGUCACCGCGGUGCUUCACAAUGCUAUCAAUCACAGGCCGCCCCUGAAAGCAGGUGUCCAUCGGCAAUUUCUUUUGACAACGAUUGGCUGGUUCCUCGGCUACCAUCUUACAAAACAUGAAAAUUACACGUAUGCGAAGCUGGACCGAGACAUGAACGAGUACGUCAAACUUCACCCAGAAAAGUUUCAAGCAAAAGAAAAGAAGACGUUUGCAGAGAUCGUCGAGCCUUUCCAUCCAGUGCGCUAAGUGGUCGCUCAGAUGGGGUAAAAACGGACGAGUGGACUAUUUGCAGACGUGUUUUGAGCAGUUCUUAUUUUGUGAAAGCUGUAUUCAUCACAUUCUGUGAAAUAUAUGUAAAUAAAAAGUAUCUAAAUAGUUGUUGGAGGAUUUCCUGAACGAGGCUCUUGAAGUGACCUUGACAUUCAGCUGAAAUUUCUAAAUAAAAAGAAAAAACUUUGAACCA